ACUAACAGAGUCGAAAACCAUUGAAUCCCACACCUCCUUCAACAACUGAAUUCUCACAUCUCCUCCUUUCAAACCCUAAUUCCUCAAAUUUCCUCUUACACUUCCUUCAUUUCCAUUUCUCUCUGGCUUCAAUGGCGAAUCAGCUAGGAAAUUUGGUGGAAUCCAUUAAAUCCAAGGUCAAGGCACUGAAGAAAUCGAAGAAACCAUAUAUCAAGAUGGACAAAAGCUCCAGUGUCAAAGUUGAGAUCCGUAGCCGGAAAGCUCGAUUGUUGAUCGAUAAAACCAUGAAAGUCGCCGAUCGUCCUGGCAAACGUACAAUUUCUUAGUCUCUUUUUGAUCUCUGUCUCUUAUCGACGGGUAUGGGUAUCGCUAGAUCUCUCGCUCUCUGAUAUUCGCGUGUAGUUUCAAUUAAUCGCGCGGAAUGUUCUGGUUUUUUCUUUGUGAUGAUUCUGUUUUGGUUUGAUCGUACGUGUAGCUUCCGAUUCUGUGUUUCUUUUCAUAGAUUCAGAUAUGGAACCGUUUCGGAUUACAUAGCUCCGAAAUCAAACUUGUAAUUAAUUAUGAAUCCUGAUGAAAGUAUCAAUUUCUGAGUUUCUUUCUAUUUCUGUUUCGGUUUUGAUUUCAAUCGAGAGGUUUUCCUCAAAUUUGAGCGAUUGAUUUUGUUUUGUGUGAA